CUCGGUCGCUUCCGCCGUGCACUCGCUCCACACCCAAUCAACCCCCCUCCUCGUUCUCUCUCUCUCUCUCUCCCUCUUCUUCCUCUCUUUGCUCCUCUUCCCCCCCCUACCGCCCUCUUCCCGCUUCCCCCCCCCCUCUCUCUCUCGGGGUUCUUUCAGUCCCCUGGAUCACGACGCCGCCGCUGCCGUCAACUCAAUUUCUUUCCACAGGCCCAUCUCCGUUUCACAAUUGACAUCUUCCCUCCCCAGGGGCUCGUUCCGUCAAGAUGGCCGAUAUGACCGGCGAACAGAUGCAGGCCAAGAUCACCGCGGCCAGGCGCGAAGCUGAAGGUCUCAAGGAUAAGAUCAAGCGCAGAAAGGAUGAGCUGGCCGACACGACUCUCCGUCAGGUUGCGCAGAACCAAACCGAAACUCUGCCUCGUAUUGGGAUGAAGCCCCGGCGGACACUCAAGGGCCAUUUGGCCAAGAUCUACGCCAUGCAUUGGUCGACCGACCGCCGGCAUCUUGUCUCAGCAUCUCAGGACGGAAAGCUCAUCAUCUGGGACGCCUACACCACGAACAAGGUUCAUGCGAUCCCGCUGAGGUCAUCGUGGGUCAUGACCUGCGCCUACGCCCCGAGUGGAAACUACGUCGCCUGUGGUGGUCUUGACAACAUUUGCUCGAUCUAUAACCUCUCCUCUCGCGAGGGUCCGACCCGUGUCGCGCGCGAGCUCUCUGGACACUCCGGCUACCUCUCUUGCUGUCGGUUCAUCAACGAUCGCAGAAUCAUCACAUCUUCCGGCGAUAUGACUUGCAUGCUGUGGGAUAUUGAAUCGGGCUCGAAAGUGACGGAAUUCGCGGAUCACCUCGGCGACGUUAUGUCGAUCAGCAUCAACCCUACCAACCAGAACAUCUUCGUUUCGGGCGCCUGUGAUGCUUUCGCCAAGCUUUGGGAUAUCCGUACCGGAAAGGCAGUGCAAACUUUCGCCGGCCACGAAUCCGACAUCAACGCCAUUCAGUUCUUCCCCGACGGAAACGCCUUCGGAACGGGUUCCGACGACACCUCUUGCCGUCUGUUCGACAUCCGUGCGGAUCGGGAACUCAACACCUACCAGAGCGACCAAAUAUUGUGCGGUAUCACCUCUGUUGCCUUCUCCGUUUCUGGUAGAUUGCUUUUUGCAGGUUACGAUGACUUUGAGUGCAAGGUCUGGGAUGUUCUGCGAGGCGACAAGGUUGGAUCCCUGAGCGGUCACGAGAACCGUGUAAGCUGCUUGGGAGUCAGCAACGAUGGCAUCAGCUUGUGCACUGGAUCCUGGGAUUCUCUGCUCAAGGUCUGGGCUUGGUAAAAAACAAAACGAACAAAAACAGCAAAGAUACCCUGUCUCAGUCUUUUGCGACGUCCUCAUUCGAAGUUUCUCUCUGUUCUU